AAACUGUAUUAAAUUUGGACUCAUAAUAAUAAAAAAAUAAUAAUAAUCACUUUUGCUUUUCUCUCGGUGGACUGAUGAGUCAAAUUACAUUCAACUCCAUUUUUCUCUUGAUCUUCUUGUCUCCACCAAACUACUUCAGUCUCCGAGAAAAUUGAAGAAAUCAUGGAAAAUGUUAAACAAACAUCACAAAGACAGACCAGCAGCAGCCAAGUGGACAAACCCUGCACAAUAUGUGGUGAUAUUGGUUUUGGGGAAUUGAUUGCAACUUGCUCUAAAUGUAAAAUAGCUUGUCAACAUGUUUAUUGCAUGGCAUCCUCUAAUGGAGAAGUCCCUGAAAAAGUCCCAAAACCUUGGACAUGUGAUGACUGUCACCUGAUACCAGAUAAAGAUAGAUGCGAUGAGAUCGGGAAAGAAAAUUUCCAGAAUUCCUCUAAUACUAUCCACCAUGAUGCAGUGAGGAAGGGAGGUCCCACCAAAAUGUCUGGUUAUGCAGGAUGGCGUGUACAUUCUGUAAAAACUGGUAAAGUAAAAUUUCUUUCUACUAAAGAAGUGAUUAGACUGUCAGCGGGAGCUGCUACUGACAUGGGAUCUCCUUCAAAGAGUAAUUUGGGAAAUCGACAUGGUUAUUCUUAUCCCAUCUCCCCUCCAAAGGGGAAACAAAAUCCAAGUUUUAUCUCCUUUAGUCCUAAGAAGCCUCCAGGACAUGGCAGAAUCAUAAGCAGUUCAAUAACUAGUCAACAGCCACAGAGAACGUCAAAAGUGAGUGUUCAACUUUUCAGCAAUAAAGGAAUGUGGAAAAACCAAGAGAAAGGAACAGAAAAGGAAGAUCUAAAGGCUAUCAUCAAUCCUGUGAAGGAACAUUGUUGGAAGGAUACUGACACUCUUGCGACGGAAUAUAAUGUCAGUCCUGCAAAGAGAAGUUGUUUCAAGGAACAGAAAAUAACUUCUAUUAAGCCUGCCAAGGAAGUCAAAACUUGCAACUUUGAUGGGCUUGCAAAAGAAGAAAAAAGAUCCAGUUCCAAUUUGAUUGCUAAAGAAGUCAAGACUUGCAAUAUGAAUGCACAGGAAGCUGUGAACAGUUCUUUAGCAUCAGCUCAUCAUCUACCACCUAUUAUCAGGAGUGACUCUUUCCCUGUUGUUGAAUCUAAGAAACCAGAUGUUGAAGGAAGGGACCCUAACCUUUGCCUGUAUCAUCCGUUUUUCCCUGCUCUGAAUGUUACUUGGAAGGGAGGUUUCAAGUUUAUUGACACUGCCAAACCUGGUAAGUUUUAUGGUGGGUUCCAAGCUCAGCCUCCAAGCAGAGUAAGUCGUCGAGCCUACGAGCUUGCACAAAAGAUGCCUAUAGUCCUUCAGAUCGAGCUGCUUCCAAGACAUGUUUGGGCAGAUGUAUUCCAGAAAGAUUAUCCAGAUUUUCGUGACAUUGCAUUGUAUUUUUUCCCUUCUGAAAAUACUGAGAGAUCCAAAGAUAAUCACGCAAGCUUUUUUAAGCUUAUGGAAAUUCAAAGUUCAGUAUUGAGAACUUACAUUAGUGAUGUGGAGCUGCUAAUAUUCACUUCAAAACAGCUCCAUAGAGACUCGCAAGAUGUUAUUGAGAGGUCAGGCAUGGAGCAUUUCAUAUGGGGAGUUUUUCGUCGAGCAAAAAGAGAUCAAUUUCCUCCAGAGCUUGAUUGUGCCAGCACAGGAUGCAGUGAUGUUCUCGAUAUGGAAAUUGACAUGGUAGGCGAGCAGCCUCUGGGGAGAGUUGAUGCGGUUGUUACAAAAGAAUCUUCCAAGAGGGCUGGUGGAGAAUCUGUCAGAAAAACUGUCAACCAGUGUUAGUGAAUCGACUAUCCCACAAAAAGAGGAAACGAAAACCUCCACCAAGGAUGCUAAAUCAACAAGAUUUGCUCCUACAAAUCAGCAAUCCAAUUCUGAUCUACCAGUUGUAACAGAUGCCAUAAAUCAACAAUUUAAUGCUGUAACAAAUACCACAAAAUCAACAACUUAAUUUGCUCCAUUAGUUGUACCAGAUUUCUUUACUCUUGUAAAUACUAUGUAUAAAUAUAAGUUGUACAUAAUGGAAAAUUGUAACAUAACUAUUAUUCAUCAAUCCUUGCUCAGCUUUAUUACCUUU